AUGACUAAAGUGACUAAAAAUGAAAGUGGUAGUGGUCCUGGUCCUGGACGCGGUGGUGAUAGUAGACUUGCGGAUGGAGAACGAAACGAUAAUCUUUUGACAGAUGGCAUAACAGCAACAAAUGGUGUGACUCGCUCACCAAAAGAAUCAAAACGUGUACGAUUACCAGUAUCUCGAAAUAAUGGUAAAACUAAUCGUGAUGGUGGUGAAAACGUUGGUAGUGCAUCAGCUGCUAGUGAAAUCGGCGGACAAGGAACAGUUGUUGCAACACUAUCUUCUCAUGCUGCUACGAAACCAGCUAGUUCCCUGAUCAAUACGCCUGUGCCUACUAUCAUACUACCAAAAAAUGAUACAGUGAAUUCAAAUCGCACUUCGCUAUCAAAACAUUUUUUAAUGAGACGUGUACGAUCGCGUUCAAAAUCUGAUCCACAAUCUGUGCCAGAUAAAUCAUUAUUUUCACGUUUAUUUACAAAAAAAAGUCGUCGAGGAAAUGAACGACAACAAACAUCGAACUUUAUGACUGUAAAUGAUCAAAAAGAUGAUGAUGAAAUAAUCUCAACAUUAACACCGUCUGAUACAAAUGUUUCAACAAGUUCACUCGUAGAUACGGGUAAAACAGCGAGUAGCAGCGAAUUAAACAACAUUAAGAAUGAAGAUAAAUUAGUAGCAACAUCUGAUCCGCAGUACUAUAUGAGUUUGGCAGCAGGUGAUAGGGGUUCAUUGAUUACGUAUCACAAACGUAUGAAACCUGGUGAUUUAAGGAUGCAAACGUUAGAACGAUCAUUGAAUAAAUCAGAUAAAUCACAAGCACCUUCGAGUUUAAGAUCACUAUUUCAAGAUUCCGGUUAUCCAAAGCGAGCUGGUGGUACUCAAAGUCCAAAUCCUACGGGCAAAACUUUUAAACGUUUUACAACAUUACCGACACAAGGCACUAUUACAUUACCAGAUCGUCAAUCAUCAGCGUAUUCCAUUCGAAAUUCAUCACUGUCGAAAUCACCGACAAAAGAACUCGACGACGGCGAAGAAGAAUCUGUGAGCGAUGAAGAAGUGUAUGUACAUUUUAUGAAAACUCAUACAUGCUAUGAUAUUAUGCCAAAAAGUUCAAAAUUAGUUGUAUUUGAUACUCAACUAGCAGUGAAAAAAGCAUUUUUUGCCCUUGUUUAUAAUGGUGUGAGAGCAGCACCAUUAUGGGAUACAAAGCGUCAAGCAUUCAUGGGAAUGUUAACAAUAACCGAUUUUAUUUUAAUAUUACAAAAAUAUUAUAAAGAACCAAAUGCUAAAAUUGAAGAAUUAGAAGAACAUAAAAUUGAUACCUGGCGUGAGGUAUUAAAGGAAUAUGAAAAACCUUUACUAUGUAUAAGACCAACCGAUACUCUAUAUGAUUGUGUGAAAAUUUUAAUCGAUAAUCAUGUUCACCGAUUGCCUAUUAUCGAUCCAUUAUCAAAUAAUGUCAUAUGUAUUUUGACACACAAACGUGUUUUAAGGUUUUUAUAUUUAUAUAUACAUGAUUGGCCACAACCUUCAUUUAUGUUAAAAACAUUAGAAGAAUUGAAUGUUGGCACGUAUGAUACAAUUCAAACUAUACAAGAAGAUACAUCUGUUAUUGAUGUCUUAGGAACAUUUGUCAAAUAUCGUAUAUCAGCAUUACCUGUUGUCGAUAAAAAUAACAAAAUUAUGAAUAUCUAUUCAAAAUUUGAUGUUAUUGGUUUAGCUGCUGAAAAAACUUAUACAAAUUUGAACAUGACAAUACGUGAAGCAUUAAGCUAUCGUAAAGAACGUUUAGAAGGUGUUGCCAAAUGUUAUAAAGAAGAAACAUUAGCCGUUAUUUUAGAACGAAUUGUCAAAGCUGAAGUUCAUCGUUUAGUGGUCGUAGAUAAAGAUGAACAUGUAAUUGGUGUUCUGUCAUUAUCAGAUAUUUUAAGUUAUAUUGUAUUACGACCAUUACGAGAAAAAACAACAUCAGUAUUAAUAGCUGCUGAUGUUAAUAAUGAUAAUUAA